AUGCCAAGACAACCGGAGCAGCUGCUGGCCUCUCCGCCGCUGAUCUUCGACCCACCUCCGCGCCGUACAUAUGACUACCUCUCAGAUGGGGACGCAUAUUGUCUGGAGCCGCGCAGGAGCACGGACACGGAUCGGGUGCUCAAGCACCGGAACUCCACGCCCAAGGCCGAAGGUCGCGAACCCGGCCGCGGCGUGAAGCCGCGGCCGAUGGUCGCGCGGCCGGCGGCGCGGCGGAGCAGGCGGAAGCACUCCAAGCAGGACUUGGAGACCCAGAGGAACACGGAGGACGCUUCAGCCACCUACUGGCAAGAUGACCGGCAAAAUGAGGCUGAAGGUCCGGGUCUGGCUGAAAGUCACGCCCAUAUUGUCGUGGACUCGGACGUCUCAGAGGACACGGAGGAGAGACCCAGUUCCGAGUAUGAGCUGGAACUCAACGAGGAGGAUGCUGACAAGGCUGGGCUCUCUGCGCUGCUGCAGGAUGUGAAGGAGCAAGGCCCCAGUUCUGUCAGCGCCUUCCGGGCAGCGCUCGCCGAGGGCCGGCAGCCCUUGCGCUCGGUGAAGCUCUGCUUCGUGGGCCACGCGCGCGCGGGGAAGACCUCCACGCUGCGGGCGCUGGCGGACAGGAGCUUUGAUCCAGAGCAGCCGAGCACUCACGGUCCGGUGCUCAAGCGAUUGAAAGAUCGGGUCUAG